AUGAGUGAUAAAGUUUUAUGUAGAAUUACACGAUCAUGUCGUAAAAUAGAAUAUCUAAAUAUUUCUUUCUGCCAGGGCAUUACUGGUAGAUCUUUAAUCGAAAUUGCAGCAGUUGCCAAGCUUUACAAGAUAGAGAAACGUCUUAGUAUAGAGUUUCUUGAUUUUGGUAGCUGUGUUUACGUUGCCGAGACAUCAAUUUGCAAUGCCAUUCAUUCCUGUCCAAAUCUCCAACAUCACAACCUUAGUUUUUGUAGAAUUACUGAUGUAACUAUCAAAGAAAUUUCUCAUUCGUGUCUUAAUUUAAAAUAUCUUAAUCUGGAGGGAUGUGCUAAUAUUACCAAAGAAGCCAUAGAUCAGCUCGUUUCACUUAAUCCAAAUAUCCAUGUCGAGAAUUUCAUGAAUUCUAUGGAUAUGCGAGCUGAAUUAGAUCAAGAGAUAAGAGGGCUAUAUAACACUUGGCAUAGUGUUG